GCUACCUUAUACCUUCCGCACUUUGCAAUUGUGCACAUAUGCAUUCGCUUUUGGCCCCAUCCACAUGGUGGGCUACAAGGGGCAGAUAGAGGCAGAUUAUAGCCCCCACGCAACACAUUCGAUGAUCUACAAUCUUCAUUUUAAUGGCGCAAACUGUGUGGCCAAUGAGAUUUGCGAUUCUUACUGCACAAUAUCUCUAGCCUUCGCCCCCAGACGACUUAUUAAGAUAAAAUGAUUUUCAGCAUGUCGGGAGAAGAGACAGACGGGUACUAUACUCUCACUCUUACUUACUUGGUACUGUGUAGGUAGACUACAUAAGUAAAGAACUUCCCCGCCCCGCCAAGCUCCAUCUCCAUGAUCGACGUAUCUGUCCUCAUCACAUCUCCAGCCAAAAGCUCUGGAUAAUUCCAUCGUCUACUUGAUAAACAAAAAGUGCUUGGAUAAUAUCUAGACACCUAUUCUCGAUGAUGUCCGCGAGUUUUCCGUUGCCUGGUGUUGACCACGGCAGGCGAAUUCUCGCUUCGGUGAUCGAGAAAAGAGCCGAAGACGGCUCCAAUAGUCCGUGGAUAUCGGUUCCCAUUGACGAGCAAAAUCUGUCUGCAGGCUAUCGGGAUAUUUCUUUUCGACAGUUGAACAAUGCUGCCAAUAGUGCUGCUCAUUGGCUCAGUCGGAACCUUCCUAAGACUUCAGAGCCGUUCCAGUGCUUUGCCUAUGCAGGCCCAAAAGAUCUCCGAUAUCAAAUCCUUGCAGUAGCAGCAGCUAAGCUGCAGAAAGUGAUGGUGCUUCCCUCCCCGUUGGCCACACCAGAAGCUCAGCUGCAAAUCCUCGAAAAGAAAAACUGCACUGUCUAUUUGAGGCCAGCGUCAAUGGCAGAUCCUGUUGAAGCAGUCCUACGCGGAGCACCUCACAUACAGACGAUCACCGUCCCGGAGCCCGAAGAGUUCUCACUCGAAGCUGAAGCAGAGCUAGUUACUUACAGUAAGACAUGGGACGAAGGGAAAGAUGAUCCCUGGCUAGUAUUCCACACGUCUGGCACUACAGGACAUCCAAAGCCUAUCACCUAUACUCAUCGAAUGAUGGCUACACCCGAUACUGCACAGACCCUCCCUGAUAUCGAGGAGUCUCAUCUCCAUCAGUAUGCACAGAGAAGAUGGUACACGCCGUUGCCCUCACUGCACUUUGUCGGAAUGAUGAUGUCGCUCUGCAUGACUUCUUUCGUGCAUAUGACGGGUGUGAUCGGGCCUCCCGGACUGCCUUCUCCUGAGGUUGUCAUGGAUAUCCUGCGUUUCGGACGUGUAGAUGGCGCUCUUCUGACCCCGGCCCUGAUCGAUCAGCUCUGCCUAUCCCCAGCUGGCGUCCAGGCAUUACGAGAACUGAAAUACAUUCAUUACGCUGGUGCCCCGCUAUCAGCCAAAUCUGCCGACCUAUUAACCCCCUAUGUUCAAGUGGUCCCAUGCAUCGGUAGUACCGAGGCCGGCGGCUACUUUACGACAAUUCAUGAUAAUAAAGACGCGUGGGAUUAUGUCGCAUUCCAAAAGCAUGCGGGGGCCGAAAUGCAGCACAGGAUGAACGACCUGCAUGAGCUGGUCUUCGUGCGACGUCCAGAAUGUGCAAUACAGCAAAUAUUCCUUGUCUACCCUGACCGCGAUCGCUUCGAGACUAAUGAUCUCUGGAAAGAGCAUCCAGAGCACAAGGGCCUCUGGAAAAUCAUCGGCCGCAGUGAUGACUACGUAUAUCUGUCCCACGGAGAGGGCUUGCAUGCUUCGUCUCUGGAGCCAGAGAUUAUGGCUCACCCAAGUGUCAAGUCUGCCAUUAUUGGGGGUCAUGGUCGCUCAGCUCCGGUACUCAUUGUAGAGCUUAUUCCGGGAACAGAAUAUGAAAAUGAUCGCCAGGCCUUCUUGACGAGCCUGGCACCUUAUAUCGACGAAGUAAAUUCUCACUGUCAUCCAUCUGUUCAGCUUUCCCCUGAGCGCGUUAUCGUGGCGACUAAGGGGAAACCUUUUAUUACCACCAUCAAGGGAAGCGUGGCUAGAUUACAGACAUUGGAUCUUUACAAGGAUGAGAUUGCUGCCUUGUUUCCAUAGCUUAUUCUAGAACAGUUUCCAAGAUAAAUAAGUUCAAUCAGUAUCCAUUACGUGACUAUUUUGAUGUUUCUAGAUUCUGGCAAUACUCAUAACUG